ACGAAAUCGAAAUGCUUCUAGAUUUUCUCCAGAUUCCAUUCUCCAGCUCGAAAAGCUUUGCUUAAGCUGAGCACAACGAAAACGGAAAAUAGAUCCAUAGAACCCUGUCAGCGUCAGGGUUUAUCACCUCCUAAUUUUCUCAAUUCGGCUAACACCUGAUUCGAUUGAUCCACUGGCCAAAACAAUCGACUUGCUUUUGCUCAAUACUCUGCGAGAUCACAUGAAUUCCUCCGCGGCCACUUGGAUUUUCCUUAUUUGUUUGCUUUUGGGUGCUUCUGCAAAUUCCGCUUAUGGAGACGACUCCAAGAAGAAUAAAUUUCGGGACCGAGAGGCCAGCGAUGACUCCCUCGGUUACCCUGAAAUAGACGAAGAUGCAUUGUUGAAUACACAGUGCCCUAGAAAUUUGGAGCUGAGAUGGCAGACGGAAGUUAGCUCUAGCAUUUACGCUACUCCCUUGAUCGCUGAUAUUAACAGUGAUGGAAAACUUGAUAUAGUAGUUCCUUCUUUUGUUCACUACCUUGAAGUUCUUGAAGGUUCUGAUGGAGACAAAAUGCCUGGCUGGCCUGCCUUCCACCAGUCAACAGUGCAUGCCAGUCCUCUCCUUUAUGAUAUUGACAAGGAUGGUGUGAGAGAAAUUGCUUUGGCUACCUAUAAUGGUGAAGUCCUCUUUUUCAGGGUGUCAGGCUACAUGAUGACGGAGAAAUUGGUGGUACCUCGGAGGAGUGUUAAAAAGGAUUGGCAUGUGGGUUUGAAUCCUGACCCUGUGGAUCGUUCUCAUCCAGAUGUUCAUGAUGACCAACUUGUGUUCGAGGCUGCUGAGAAGAAAUCAGGGUCUCAAACAACUGUAAGUAGACCAGAAGUGAACAGUUCAGUUUCUGCUUCAACUGAAAGUCACCCUCCAUUGAAUGUAUCUGUUCCUGUGAAUGAAAAGAAAAUGAAUGAGAGUCAGAAAGAGUCGGUCAUCACACUGCCCACAGGUGUAGAUAAUACUUCUAUAAAUACAGGGUCGGUUGGAAUUAAUAAUACUGAUAAUGGAAAAAACACUGGGUCAGUUGAAACAAAUAGUACUGAGAAGGGAACAAAAACUGGGAGAAGACUUCUGGAUGAUGACAAUUCCAAGGGUGCCCAGGAAGGUAGUUCAGAAUCUGGAGAGAAUAACCAUGAGGAUGCUCAUGAGGCAACUGUGGAAAAUGAUGAAGGGUUGGAAGCAGAUGCAGAUUCUUCUUUCGAGUUAUUCCGUGAUAAUGAUGAGCUAGGUGAUGAGUACAAUUAUGACUAUGAUGAUUAUGUUGAUGAAUCCAUGUGGGGAGAUGAAGAGUGGACUGAAGGGCAACAUGAGAAAUUGGAGGAUUAUGUUAAUAUUGAUUCACAUAUCCUGUGCACUCCCGUCAUAGCAGACAUUGAUAAUGAUGGGGUAUCAGAAAUGAUUGUUGCAGUUUCAUACUUCUUUGACCAUGAGUAUUAUGACAAUCCAGAUAAUUUGAAAGAACUGGGUGGCAUUGAUAUUGGAAAAUAUGUUGCCGGUUCUAUUGUUGUAUUUAACCUUGACACGAAGCAAGUUAAGUGGACUAGAGAAUUGGAUCUAAGUACAGAUACUUCAACCUUCCGUGCAUAUAUAUAUUCUUCUCCCACGGUGGUUGAUUUGGACGGGGAUGGAAAUUUGGAUAUUCUCGUUGGAACUUCAUUUGGCUUGUUCUAUGUCUUGGAUCAUCAUGGAAAUAUUAGAGAAAAGUUUCCUUUAGAAAUGGCUGAAAUUCAAGGAGCUGUAGUUGCGGCUGACAUCAAUGAUGAUGGCAAAAUUGAACUAGUGACUACUGAUACACAUGGAAAUGUUGCUGCGUGGACGUCACAAGGAAAAGAAAUUUGGGAGAGGCAUCUCAAGAGUCUUGUUUCUCAGGGCCCAACAAUAGGUGAUGUUGAUGGAGAUGGCCAUACUGAUGUUGUAGUACCAACCCUGUCAGGGAACAUAUAUGUUCUUAGCGGCAAGGAUGGUUCAAUUGUACGGCCAUAUCCAUAUAGAACACAUGGGAGAGUGAUGAAUCAAGUUCUUCUUGUUGAUUUAAGUAAACGUGGGGAGAAACGCAAGGGACUCAGUCUGGUGACAACAUCAUUUGAUGGAUAUUUGUACCUUGUAGAUGGGCCCACAUCUUGUGCUGAUGUUGUUGAUAUUGGUGAAACUUCAUAUAGCAUGGUCUUGGCAGACAACGUUGAUGGUGGAGAUGACCUUGACCUUGUUGUCACAACAAUGAAUGGAAAUGUUUUUUGCUUCUCAACUCCUGUUCCACAUCAUCCCCUUAAGGCUUGGAAAUCAGCUAAUCAAGGAAGAAAUAAUGUUGCAAACCAAUACAACCGUGAAGGGAUCUAUAUUACACCUUCUUCAAGAGCUUUCCGUGAUGAGGAGGGGAAGAACUUCUGGGUGGAGAUUGAGAUUAUAGAUAGAUACAGAUUCCCAUCUGGGUCUCAAGCACCUUAUAAAGUCACUACGACUUUGUUAGUUCCAGGUAAUUACCAAGGCGAGAGAACAAUAAAGCAGAAUCAAACCUUUGAUGCUCCAGGAAGAUAUCGCAUUAAACUUCCAACAGUUGGCGUAAGGACCACAGGGACUGUAUUGGUGGAGAUGGUUGACAAGAAUGGACUUUAUUUCUCAGAUGAGUUCUCUCUCACAUUCCAUAUGUAUUAUUAUAAACUUCUGAAGUGGCUUCUUGUUCUCCCAAUGCUUGGGAUGUUUGGUUUGCUAGUCAUUCUUCGUCCACAGGAGGCGAUGCCUUUACCAUCAUUUUCACGGAACACUGACCUGUGAAUAUAGGGCUGUAUGCCAACCUGUCAUGUAUGCUCAAAAUUGACAGAAAGUGAAUAGAUAGUUUCAGCUGAGCAAUGGUCAUGAACUUCUGGUGACAAAAGAACAUUGGAUCUCAUGAUGUAUUUGUUGGUCUGUCUUCAAAUUGGAGAAAUUUGAUUUUUGAA